AAAAGCCGGGACCCGCCCUCUGGUCCCUGGUCUGUGCAGAGUCGGUGUCAGGAGCUGGAAUAGCUGGGGCCCGGUUGCGGUCGCCGGUGAGUUGGAGCGUGCAAGUGACUGUCGCCCCCGGCUCGUCGGCAGCGUCCGUCCUGGUGCAGGAGAGAAGCUGCAUUCGGUUAAGUCUGUGAGCUCGGGGGGAAGCCGGGGUCGCCGGAAACUGACCCGCCGCAGAGGUUGAUAGACGUCAAAAUGUCCAAAAAAAUCCAUGGCGGUUCUGUGGUUGAGAUGCAAGGAGAUGAAAUGACAAGAAUUAUUUGGGAAUUGAUUAAAGAGAAACUUAUAUAUCCGUAUGUGGAAUUGGAUCUGCAUAGCUAUGACUUAGGCAUAGAGAACCGGGAUGCCACCAAUGACCAAGUCACCAAGGAUGCAGCAGAAGCUAUAAAGAAGUACCACGUGGGCGUCAAGUGUGCUACCAUCACCCCGGAUGAGAAGAGAGUUGAGGAGUUCAAGUUGAAACAAAUGUGGAAAUCGCCUAAUGGCACCAUCCGAAAUAUUCUGGGUGGCACUGUCUUCAGAGAAGCUAUUAUCUGCAAAAAUAUCCCCCGGCUUGUGACUGGGUGGGUAAAACCCAUCAUCAUAGGCCGCCAUGCUUAUGGAGAUCAAUACAGAGCAACUGAUUUUGUUGUCCCCGGGCCUGGGAAAGUAGAGAUAACCUACACGCCAAGUGAUGGGACCCAGAAGGUGACAUACCUGGUGCAUAACUUUGAAGAGGGUGGUGGCGUUGCCAUGGGGAUGUACAAUCAAGAUAAAUCGAUUGAAGAUUUUGCACACAGUUCCUUCCAGAUGGCUCUGUCUAAGGGCUGGCCUUUGUAUCUGAGCACCAAAAACACUAUUCUGAAGAAAUAUGAUGGACGUUUCAAAGACAUCUUUCAGGAGAUUUAUGACAAGCAGUACAAAUCCCAGUUUGAAGCCCAAAAGAUCUGGUAUGAGCACAGGCUCAUCGACGACAUGGUGGCCCAAGCAAUGAAAUCAGAAGGAGGCUUCAUCUGGGCCUGUAAAAAUUAUGAUGGAGAUGUGCAGUCAGACUCCGUGGCCCAAGGGUAUGGCUCUCUCGGCAUGAUGACCAGUGUGCUGAUUUGUCCAGAUGGCAAGACAGUGGAAGCAGAGGCUGCCCACGGGACUGUAACGCGUCACUACCGCAUGCACCAGAAAGGACAGGAGACAUCCACAAAUCCCAUUGCUUCCAUUUUUGCCUGGACCAGAGGGCUAGCCCACAGAGCAAAGCUUGAUAACAAUAAAGAGCUCAGCUUCUUCGCAAACGCUUUGGAAGAAGUCUGUAUUGAGACUAUUGAGGCUGGCUUCAUGACCAAGGACUUGGCUGCUUGCAUUAAAGGUUUACCCAAUGUGCAACGCUCUGACUACUUGAAUACAUUUGAGUUCAUGGACAAACUUGGAGAAAACUUGAAGAUAAAACUAUCUCAGGCCAAACUUUAAGGUGGUACCCGGGCUUAGGAGGAUAAAAGUUUUCUGAUAACUAGGUCCACAGGUUUACAUUUUUCUGUAUAACACUCAAGGGUAAAAGUGAAAUCAACUUUGUAAUUUGUUUAGAAGCUGCAGUUGAUCUUUUCUAUAAGUUUACAGCCUUUUUCUUAUUCGUACAAUUAUUGCCACCUGCAUGACUGUGGCAAGGGACUUUUUUUUUAAAAAAAAUUUAUUUUCUACUAGCAGCCUAUGAAUCAUUUUAGUAUCAUGCAUAUUCACUGUCACUUUUUCUCAUGUUCUGACAUAAAUGACCAAAAUCAAGAGUGCUUGAAAGGGUAAACAAUAGCCACAGUAUUGUUCCUUAAAAUCUGUGUGAACUAGAAGUUCACUCCCCUUCCCCUCAUGUCCAUGACCUUGGGCACUGAGAGGCUUUGGUGUUAAGAAGGCCCUGCGGGAAGCAGAGCUGUACAUCGAACUUGUAUCUGAUUAGAACAAAGCCUGUGAAUGUCAAAACACUGCAGCCGUUUUUAUAAAGAUCUCGUUGAAUGUUGCAAAUACGUUGAAUAUCUUCCAGGCCACUAGAGGGUUCGGAAUUCACAAGAAAUACCACCCAGAGGUUUGUCCUCUGUGUUUGUCCCUUCCUGCUCUUGACCUGGUCUGGCCUGAGUAUUACCCUACCCUAACAAGCAUAUUGCAUUCAAGUGCAAUAAUGUAAGCUGCACCUUUUGCUGGACUUCUGCUAGCCUGUAUCAUUUCUUUUAUAUAAAUGUGAUUUCUCAGAAGUUGAUAUUAAACACUAUUCUAGUCCUGUUCUUCAUCUGAACGUUAAUUUUAAUUAAAAUUAAAUGCUAAUUCAAAUUAAA